GCUGCCAUUUCAUCAGCAAAUUUUACAAACAUUCUUUCAUCCAUUAUUAUGAGAUUGAAGAUUCGAUUUUGGGAAUGGAUUUUUAAAAUAAAAAAACUGAUAUUAGAUCACACUCUUCCUCAAUGAUGAUGGUUCUCGGUAUGAUUGCACCGUUAUAACGGAAACUAGUUGCAUAGGCUGUUAUUUCUAACAAAACCUGCUCGGAUGUGUGUGGAUGCUUUGCUUUGGGACUCCGCUUGUUUUUCACACCGACACACAAUGAAGAUCACUGGUUUUGCUUUUGCAAGACAUUAAGAAGCUUAACUGAGAUCUUAUGAGAUAUGGAAGCUAUAUGGCUAUACCAGUUCCGAUUGAUCGUCAUUGGUGACUCAACAGUGGGGAAGUCUUGUCUGAUCAGACGUUUCACAGAGGGGCGUUUCGCACAGGUGUCUGACCCCACCGUUGGAGUGGAUUUCUUUUCCCGUCUGGUGGAGAUUGAGCCAGGCAAACGGAUCAAACUGCAGAUCUGGGACACGGCAGGACAAGAGAGGUUCAGGUCUAUCACAAGGGCUUACUAUCGUAAUUCAGUGGGCGGUCUGCUGCUGUUUGACAUCACUAAUCGUCGCUCCUUCCAGAAUGUUCAUGAGUGGCUGGAGGAGGCACGUAGCCACGUGCAGCCGCACAGCAUCGUCUUCCUGCUGGUGGGCCACAAGUGUGAUCUGGAGCCACAGCGGCAGGUGAGCCAGCAGGAAGCGGAGAAGCUUGCAGCCGCCUACGGCAUGCGUUACGUGGAGACGUCGGCACGUGACGCUAUUAACGUGGAGCGGGCUUUCACAGAGCUGACACGUGACAUCUUUGAGCUUGUCAAACGGGGUGACAUCACCAUCCAGGAAGGCUGGGAGGGGGUGAAGAGUGGCUUCGUGCCCAAUGUGGUGCACUCAUCUGAAGAAGUGACCAAGAGUGAUCGCCGCUGCCUCUGCUGAUCAUCAUACUUCUCCUCUGCAAACCCAGUCAUAUUGUGUUCCUUUAGCUUGGCCUCUUACACUGCCUUUUUGAUCGAUGAGCUUUUGAACACAGCUGUAUAUAGCAGAACCCAGAUCCAUUUUAGGACAUGUUCUAGGUUUCACUCCUGAGUAGAUCUGCACAAAAUCCAGGCCUUGAUCUCGUUAAAUAUUAGUUUAAAGAUAACGAAAUUACCCAUUUUUAGUGCAAAGCAAAGAACUCUGGACUAAACUGGAUGGACCAUGCACGGAAGUGUAACCAGGAAGAGUGUUACGUUAGGAAUGCUUAAAUAAGUGAAUGCAUUGCCUCCUCGACCUACUUGCAGUCUUUUGAACCCAAGACAGAAGACAAAUUCAGACAUCAGUGUCACGUUCUCCUGCAAGCUAAAUGAAUUUAGGAGACAUGAAGCGGGAGAAUCAUAUAAAUCGAAGUAUCAGCAUCUCUUCAGUUGCCACAUCGUGUUCUACAUUAUUAUCAUCUAUUUGCUAUUUAUCUCAUUUUAAACACGUUAAAUGUGAUGUUUUCUUAGGAAGCAUGCGGUGAGCAUUCCUUAGCUUACUUGCUAGUCUGAUUUGUAUAUCUAACUCCAUUUCUGCUUGAAAUAAACUCCAUGAUUUGGUUAUUGAUGGUAAUUGAUUCACUCAGAUGCAGUAACCUCUGAUGUGUGACUAUUAAUCAGGAUAUCAGCCAGAACAUUUCAGAGAUUUGACAAAGGACAACCGAGUAAAGCAAACACGACACCUGACACGUUUUGUUCAGACAUUUUACACAGCAUUUAAAACGACCAUCUUAUAUAUCCUCACUGUUAUUCUAUCAUCUUACCUCUUUUUCUUUCUGAUCCAGUCUUUGAACGUGCAUUCGGAACGGGAUCUUCUUUAGAGCUUUACCUUUUUCAUAUCCAUCCAAAAAUGUAUUGUUUGACUAUUAACCAAUACAUUGUCAUUUAACAGGUUGAAACAACUACUAGCUAUGUAUUUAUUGAUCUUGUAUGAGAGAUGAACAGUAAUACCAAUAAAA